ACCUCUCUUAAUUUCCUAUUUUCCUCCUAUAUUUUCCUUCUCUUUCCCACCCCAACAAGGAGGAGUGGGCAUGCCUUGGGCCUCCUAUACCCACCCUCAUGGCCCUCAUUUAUGCUUCCUUCUCGUCUUCCUCCUUACUCCGCCGAUCACGGCCCAACAACCACCACCCGAUUGGCCGGAAACCCCCGAACCAUCAUCCCAAAACUACAACUCCCCUAUGGCCACCGCCCUCAUAGUCAUGAUCAUUGUCUUUUUCACCGUCGGCUUUAUUUCCGUUUACCUCCGCCACUUCCUCGCAUGUCUAGGCAUCACUUCUUACGGCGGAUUCCGCCGUGGUGGCGGUGGCGGUGUUGGUGGUGGAGGAUGGACUAGAUCAGAACCACCUCGUGGACUUGACCCUACAGUAGUGAACGCUUUCCCCACCUUUUUAUACUCCGACGUUAAAGUUCACCGUGUCGGAAAAACGACGGCGUUAGAGUGCGCGAUUUGUAUAAACGAGUUCACCGACCAUGAACGGUUAGUAUUGUUACCGAAGUGUAACCACGUGUUUCAUCCUCAUUGCUUAAGCCCCUGGCUCGCCUCCCAUGUCACCUGUCCGGUAUGUCGGGCCAACCUGGAAACUCAAGUCCCCGACCGGAGAACCUUCGAGGAGCGUUUUGAGAUGACCACUGAGGACGAACCCGAACCCGACCCGACUGAUCAUAAUAGGGAUGUGAUUAUACGGGUCGAACCGUCGUGUCCGGAAGUAAUUAUAGCGAAAAGUCCAACACAGGAGAUUAUAAUGAAAGGAUUGAGUGAUAGCGGGCGUAUGAUAAGAUUGCCUAGGUCACAUUCAACGGGUCAUUCAUUGGUGGAGGAUUGUGAUAGGUUUACACUAAGGUUACCGGAUGAGGUACGCAACAAGUUGGUGGUGGAUAUGGAUGUGGAUAUGGAUCAUCAUUUAUGUGGGCUACCCGCUGCUAUUGUAAGCCCACGGGUCGGGUACCGGGCUAAUUAUAGUAUGGGUUGCGCCGCAAUGCAAGGGAAGCCCGACCGGUGGCGGUUCUCGAUGAGCCCGCCUUUUAUUUCUCGGCCACCGGGUACCCCAAAAUGUGAAGAUUCCUUUGAAUGUAACAACAACGCCAACAGUAAGAAUAAUAAUACUAGUGGGAUUAACAAUGUGUUAAGAAGUCCAGGAAGUUUAUUCAAGUCAAUGAAAUCACCAAACAAGUCGCCGUUAAACCAUGUUCUUAGAUGUAAUGACAUAGGGGAGCGAUCAUCGGAUAAAUUAUUCGCUAAUCGAACACCUCGAGAUCUGGAUUUGGAGGAUCAUCAAUAGAGUUUUCAGGAUUCCUGUCUGUUCGGUAUCACUGUCAGUUUUCAGUUUUUGAUUUUGAAACUCAUGUGAUUUAGAUUGAAUCAUAAAUCAUUUUGACGGGCUCAAAAACUGGUUUAUUACCGAGCUCGACCAUGAAUUGGGCCAAGUUUCUAGACCAGGAAUCUCGAUCUAAGCGAGUCAAGUUUGCAUUUGGGCUUAGGAGUUUGAGGCUUAAAGGCCCAAAAAUUACCCAGUUCAGAUUACAGUACCGGGCGAUUGCCAAUAAGUCCAUGUUAGACCCAUGCCAUAUUCGGGUUGGAUGUCGGGUUAAAGACGAUCAACUCUAACUACAGUACAAAUGCAGGUGAGAGAACUCGAACUUGAAAGCUAUCAUACACAAGCCAUCGAUUUUUACCACUACGUCAAGACAUCAUUAAUAGCUGUUUGUAAUACUGACAAAAAGUCAGUCAUUAUUGCCGUAUUGGUUCACAUCUUAAGUGGUUGGUGAGGAACCGGGGAUAUAUAGAAUAUUUUGUGCUUGUUGUUGAUUUGGGGUCUAUUAAACUGAAGUUGUGGAGGAACAUUAAUUAGGGGAGGAUUUAUUUAAUUGGUAUAGAGAGGAGAAAAUUGUAAUUUCAUUUAUGGUUUGGUCGAUCUUGUGAGUUGUGAUGUAAUUGUACUAUAUUUGUAUAUAACUUCGCACAAAAAAAGAAAAAUGUAUAUAAUUGGAUCAAUUAUUACACAAGAGUAUUUUGCUCUAUUAUUAA